AUGCCCGCCGGCAUGGGAGUGUCGCUGAACCAGGUGUUCAACCUGACCUUCAGCAACGAGCAUGCCUUUAUCCAGUUGACGCCGCGUCGCAGCGCCGUUCUCAACACCACCAACCCACUCGUCCCCCUUUGGAACAGCACCUUCUCUGCCUCUGCUUCGUCCGCGAUCAACGUUCCCGGCGUGGCUGGCGAUGACGAUUCGGGACAAGUGUUCACCGCCGUCCCAAACAACCAGACGCUCUCAGCCUCUGCCGAGUUCUUCUUUACGGGAACGGCAGUCUCGUUCAACGGCGAACUGGCCAGCAUCACCCAGGACGAAUACAACAAUGGCGAUUACAAGGCGUACCUCUCUGUGGACAACAGCCAGGCCGCGCCAUUCCCGUCUGGCGGUGUGCUGGCCGCGGCUAGUGGGCUGGACAUGCAGACCCAUGACGCGCAGUACAGUACCGGCAACGGUGCCACACUUUUCAAGGGUGUGACUCUGACUCUGGCCAUCGAGGCGCAGGCGCCUACGUUUGCCGACAUUGAGCAGCGGGUCGAAUAUCUGGUCAUUAACGGCUCGGCUAACCCGUUCUUCCGCAUGGGCCAGGGGUCCAACUGGACUGUACACGACCAUAUUGGCGGUGUCGGUAGCCAAGAUUCCAUUCCUCAUAAUUACUUGAAGGGAUUCGAAACGCGCAUCAUACCGGCAAUCACGUCCUUUACUGUCCCGGACAACACCUCGUUCCUCAUGCUGAACGGCACCAUGGGGCCCGACUUGACAGUGGCCACCAUUUCGUGUGAUCCGCAGGCCGUAUCCGACAAUACCACAGCGCAGGGAGGUAGCAGUGUCGAAGUGUACAACGCGUGGGAGGUGGCCGACUCGGUGCUGUACAUGGCCACCCUCGAUCCCAAGCGCCAGUACAACAUCAGUGUCAACACGGACAGUCUGCCCGUCGUCGGACAGCCGGCCAUUGGGUUACACAGCGUCACGUUUUUCUCGGGUCUUUCCAACCUCACUACGACGACUGGCGCGACCGGCUCGGCGAACGCGAGCACAAAAGUGAAGCCAGCCACGAUCGCAGGCGCAGUGGUCGGUGCCCUCGCAGGUUUGGCCCUCGCUGGAUACGUUGCGUUCCUCGUGGCCAAACGCCAACUGCGUCGUCGCCAGCAAAGCCUUAGCAAAGGUGGCCCAGAGGAGUUUGUGGUGGACGACCAAAACCCACCGUGCACGCCGUACGAGGCCACGAUGGACGGGCGACCCUUCAUGUCCCAGACCUCCAAACUCCACGGCGAGGGCUUUGUCUCUGGACCACUGUCUGCAGGAACCAGCAGCAUCGACGGGAGCCAAGUGUGGGCGCCCUCCCGCAUCCGCUACGAGCAAGAAGAGGACGGCGGCGGGGUCGAGCGCGUCGAGUUUGUCCCGCCCAUGUACAACCCCGACUGGGCUUCACAGAGCGAGGGCGACGCGCUUACCUCGUCGUCGGUUUCCGAGACCCAGGAGAUACACGGUGUCGACGCCAUGUUCCCGAGUCCGAACGCCACUGGCGUGCAGAGUGUCCCGUCGAAGCGGGAUGUCAAGGGCUGGUGA